CUCGGUUCGGAGCGCGUUGGCGUCGCGACAACGAUUGCCGAAACCCAGCGGUGUCCUUUGUCUUUACCAAUCAAAAUUUCUCCAUACUUGUCGGAUAUUUCAUUGUCGAAAUUACGCACACAUCGCGCCAAAUCUUCCCAAACCCCCACGCAACCGCCAUGACGUCUCCCGCUGAAUUCACAGGAUGGCUGGGUCAUGACAAGAGCGCCGCCCAAGGGAAAAUGACCUGGUCUUCCUUUAAGCCGAAACCCUUCAACGAUAUUGAUGUCGAUAUCAAGGUCUCGCAUUGCGGUAUAUGCGGGAGCGACAUUCACACGCUGCGCUCUGGCUGGGGCACUACGCACUAUCCCACAUGCGUCGGACAUGAGAUUGUUGGUCACGUCGUUCGCAUUGGAGAAAAAGUCAAGAAUCUCAAUUUGGGCGACCGGGUUGGUGUAGGUGCCCAGGCCUUUAGCUGUCUAAGAGACAAUUGCGAGGAAUGCAGCGCAGGCAUCGAGCAGCAUUGUACCAAGAUGGUAUCCACGUACAACUCAAAGUACCCGGACGGUAGCUGGAGCAUGGGCGGUUACGCCGACUAUGUUCGUGUGCCGGCGCAUUUUGCUAUCAGGAUACCCGCAGGACUUAGGAGUGAGGACGCGGCGCCUAUGAUGUGUGGAGGCAUCACCGUGUAUGCGCCGCUCAAGAACAAUGGCGCAGGGCCUGGCAAGAGAGUUGGAAUAAUUGGUAUUGGUGGCCUUGGUCACUUUGGUUUAUUGUUUGCGAAAGCGCUAGGCUGUCAAGAAGUCGUAGCCAUCAGCCGAAAGAGGAAUAAGGUUGAAGAUGCAAAGGCAAUGGGCGCAACAAAUUAUAUUGCGACUUCUGAGGACGAAAAAUGGGCAAGGAAACAUAGCAGAAGUCUCGAUCUUAUCAUCAGCACUGUGUCAUCUCCAGAUAUGCCUUUAGAGUCCUAUCUCCGACUACUGCGUACAGGCGGCUCUUUCAUUCAGGUCGGUGCCCCAGAAGACAAGCUUCCUCCAAUCACUGCAUUUGGCUUGAUUGGCAAAGGUUGCAAAAUUGGUGGAAGCCAGAUUGGCAGUCCCAGGGAUAUUGAAGAGAUGCUGAAGUUUGCUGCGGAGAAGGGGGUCAAGCCGUGGGUGCAGAAGCGCAACAUGAAGGAUGCAAACCAGGCUGUGGUCGAUAUGGAAGACGGACAUGCCAGGUACCGAUACGUACUGGUGAAUGCCGAUCACGGGGAUCGCGCAAAGAUGUGAAGAUGUCCUCGCGUCAUCAAGGCCAGUUUCACAGCACUCCAGUAUGCAUUAUUACAUUUGACAUUUUGAAUGUACAGAUUUUGUAAAUUCAUCUGCGAUCGCUCACACGGUUCAUUCUCACAGUGUAUACAAUUCUAUAGAUUACUUGUAUAAAUACUGGCUUACUCGACCUUUGCC